AUGUGCUUUUCUUUCUUAAGCUGUACCAAAAAGAAAAAGAAGCAUUUAGCCUCCACAAUAGCUAUUGCUCCAAUGAACAUUCAAAUUUUUGAAGAUCCUGAAUCCUCUGACUCAUUAGAGUCUUUGAGAGCUUCUAUUGGAGAAAUGGGAAUCCCAGUAGCCAAAGAAAGGUUUUAUAGCAAUAUCGGAGGAGUAUUAGUAUUCAAAAACGAAUCUCUAAAAGAUUCUUCUUGAAAUCGUAUAAACAAGUAUAGAUUAACAAAAGUACCAUUAGAAUCACGGAUAAAAAUGGCAAGAGAUAGAUUAAUGAACGUAUAA